AUGUCUCUCUCCAACAAGCUGACGCUGGACAAGCUGGACGUGAAGGGCAAGCGCGUCCUCAUGCGUGUGGACUUCAACGUGCCCAUGAAGAAUAACCAGAUCACCAACACGCAGAGGAUCCGGGCCGCCGUGCCCAGCAUCCAGCACUGCCUGGACCACGGCGCCAAGGCCGUGGUGCUCAUGAGUCACCUGGGCCGGCCCGACGGCAUGCCCCGGCCGGACAAGUACUCGCUGGAGCCGGUGGUGCCCGAGCUGAAGACGCUGCUGGGCCGGGAUGUGCAGUUCCUGAAGGACUGCGUGGGGCCCGAGGUGGAGAAGGCCUGCGCCAGCCCCGCGCCCGGCGCCGUCAUCCUGCUGGAGAACCUGCGCUUCCACCUGGAGGAGGAGGGCAAGGGCCUGGACGCGGGCGGCAGCAAGGUCAAGGCCGACCCGGACAAGGUGCAGGCCUUCCGGGCCUCGCUCUCCCGGCUGGGCGACGUGUAUGUCAACGACGCCUUCGGCACGGCGCACCGCGCCCACAGCUCCAUGGUGGGCGUGGAGCUGCCCCAGCGGGCCGCGGGCUUCCUCAUGAAGAAGGAGCUGGAGUACUUCGCCCGCGCCCUGGAGAAGCCCGAGCGGCCCUUCCUGGCCAUCCUGGGCGGCGCCAAGGUGGCGGACAAGAUCCAGCUCAUCAGGAACAUGCUGGACAAGGUGAACCACAUGAUCAUCGGCGGCGGCAUGGCCUACACCUUCCUGAAGGUGCAGAGCAACAUGGAGAUCGGGGCCUCCCUGUUCGACGAGGAGGGCGCCAAGAUCGUGAAGGACAUCAUGGACAAGGCCGAGAAGAACGGGGUGAAGAUGACCCUCCCCGUGGACUUCGUCACGGGGGACAAGUUCGAGGAGGGGGCCAAGGUGGGACAGGCCACGGUGGAGUCCGGCAUCCCCGCGGGCUGGAUGGGGCUGGACUGCGGUCCCGAGAGCAUGAAAAAGAACGCGGAAGUCGUGGCCCAAGCCAAGAUGAUCCUCUGGAACGGCCCCCUGGGGGUCUUUGAGUGGGACGCCUUUGCCAAGGGGACCAAGGCCCUCAUGGAUGAGAUCGUCAAAGCCACGGCCAAGGGCUGUGUCACCAUUAUAGGCGGCGGGGACACCGCCACCUGCUGUGCCAAGUGGAACACGGAAGACAAGGUCAGCCACGUGAGCACCGGCGGGGGGGCCAGCCUAGAGCUUCUGGAAGGGAAAGUUCUUCCCGGGGUCGAGGCCCUGAACAACUUAUAG